GUGCGGGACGACAUCGUCGCCGCGGUGCGGGAGCUCUUCCCGCGCGGCGUGCCCGGCAUGGAGGAGGCCGUGCAGGCGGGCGUGACGCGGAACGGCAUGGGGCCCGUCGCGCAGCGCCUGACGCUCGAGGAGGCCGAGACGCUGGCGGCGCGCGUGGGCCACGUGGUGCAGACCGCGGUCACGGUGGACCAGUCCGCCGUGCAGGAGGCCCAGAAGGAGCGCGCCAAGGCCGCGCAGGCAGAG